AUGACCCGAACCCGAUUGUCUCGGACCCUGGCAUUCGAACCCGGCGAGGAAGCUAAACAAACCACUGCAAUUAGGCGUGGAGGAACUGCCAUGAGAGUUAUGGUGCCCUUACAAGGCAUUGUUCAGGGUAGAGGAGGUCUCUUUCUCGGCUCAGUAAUACCCUGUGCUCUUUCCUACUUUCUCCAGCUUUAUUUGAGAAGAAAACAUCGUGAUGACAUGACUGACCAGGAUGACCCGAACAGGGACCCGAAUGUGCCGUCUCCUUCUGGGUCGGCGGGGCAGCUCACGGAGCUAUCUGGGUUUCUUCGGAAUUCGUCUAGCAACCUUCUAUCACCGAGAAGUCCGAGAGGACCUGUAUUCUUGUCGAGUCGGGUCAGUGGGAUGGUGAAGAGUGGCGACUCACCUUACUAUGCUGGGUUGAAAAAAGUCUUGGAGGAUCCAUAUGACGAAACAGGUAAUCCAAAUGGGGUUAUUCAGCUUGGCAUGGAUGAGAACAAGUUAACGUUGGAUUUGGUUAAGGAGCGGCUAGUGGAGAAUGCAAAGGAAGCAAUAUUGGGUGCUGUGGCGGUGAAGGAAAGGAGUUGA